AUGCUCAGAACCUUAGGGCUAUUCCCAAAGCCCUCUCUACGCCUGGUGCGAUGGAACUCCACCUCUGGUCCGGUAUUGCCGCCAUUGAUGACGACUUUGCGAACCGAUCUUAAGACAGCCAUGCGAGCUAAGGACACUCCACGAUUGAACGUUCUUCGAGCUCUGAUCUCUGAAACCAAUAAUGCCGCCAAAACUGCCUCUCCCAUCCAGACUGACAUCCAACUUCUGUCACUCAUCCGUAAGCGGGCUGCAGCUGCUAAAGAUGCUGCACAGCAAUUUGCUGAAGCCGAGAGGCCUGAUCUGAAAGAGAAGGAAGACCAACAGAUUACAAUUUUGGAGGAAUAUGCCGGCCAGGUGGAGACAUUGUCUACUGAGGAAGUGCAGGCGAUGAUUACACAAGAGCUUGCCCCUUUCAAAACGGCUGGCACGAAGCCACAGAUCGGACAAGUCCUUAAACUGCUCUUUGGAAAGGGAGGAUCCCUCGAAGGCAAGCCUGUAGAUGGCAAAGAGGUUUCGGCGAUUGUCAAAGAUACUAUCUCCGCUUGGAAGUAG